GUGGGGGGGGGGGAAACAACAACUCGGGGACAUCGCCUUGUAGGGCAGGACUCGCAGCCAGAUUUGAAUGGCAUUCCUUUCGACGGGCGAAAUGGAGCAGGAUAUUAAUGAAAGCAGUAUAGUCAAACCAUCUAAAAGGAAAGUGUCUAAUCCAGUUUAUGUUGGUAGAGAAGAUGAUAUUAAAAGGCUUCAGAGAACAACAGCCACUGUCCACGAGAGACAAGUUGUUAUUUUCUACCAUGGUGGACACUUUUAUGCUCUGGAUUGCCGCUGUUACCAUGCAGGCGGUCCCUUACAUCUUGGUGAAAUAGAGGACAUCAAUGGACAACCAUGCAUUAUUUGUCCUUGGCAUAAAUAUAAAAUAACUCUGAAUACAGGUGAAGGAUUGUAUCAAGCAAUAAAUCCCAAAGAACCAUCUGCAGUACCCAAGUGGAAAUCAAAAGGAGCAAAACAAAGAACUCACAGAGUCACUGUGGACAACGGAAAUGUUUAUGUGACUCUUUCAGAUUUAAUGGAGUACAAAGAGUCUGACUACUAUGCUGAAAAAUACAAAACAGAAAAAAUGGCAGAAAAAUAAGAUUUUUGAAUAACAUUUUGCUUCCUAGGAACUUGAGUGAAAAAACUGUUGAAUAUAGGUACAACUCUUACAGCUACAGUUGAGCUCAACAUUUCUGUUGCUAAGUGAGAUAUUUUUAAAGUGAGUUUUGCCCCAUUUUACAAGCUUUUUGUCACAGUUGUUAAAUGAAUCACUGCACUU